UAGUUCCUGCAACAGUCCAACAUGCAGAUAGUUCCUCAGGUUGGGCGUGUUUGGAUUUAGUGAAGUUGGAGAGUUUGAAGCAGGCUGCAGAGAGAGGGAGGCAGGAAGAGAGAGAGAGAGAGAGAGAGAGAGGACGCACAUGGCAUGUCGCAGCUGGUCAGCGUUGAUCGUCGUCCGUCAGUCUGUCACCACCUCCUCCGGCCAUGGACGCCGUGCAGCCGGGAGACGCCGGCGCCAUGGGGGAGGACACGUACCGCGCCCUGGCCGUCGACUCGGCCCUCAGCACCCUGCUGGCGGUGGCCGUGUGCGUGCUGCUCAAAGUGGGCUUAGACGGCAUCCGCCGCUGGCGCGCCCGCAUCUCGGUGCUGGUGGUGGGUGCGGGACCCGUGGGUCUGACCGCCGCGCUGGUCGCUGUCCGCUCGGGCAAGGUGCUGAAGCUGACCGUGCUGGACGAGCGCUACCGGAGCGCGCUGCUGUGCCGCCCGCAGCAGAUCGCCUUGGACCCGCGCAGCGUCAACUUCCUGCUGGGACUCGGCGUGGACUUUGACAACAUGGAGGGCUGCUGGCACGACCAGCACUUCUUCACCAGGAUCGGCGUCUUCCAGGAGUACCUGCUCAGCGUGCUGGAGCACAAGAAGCAGCACGUGGACGUCAAGGUGCAGCUCGGCACCAAGUUGACCGAGGAGUACCUGUGCCGGGUCCCUCAGGGCGAGUGGCCCCGUGUGAUGGUGGUGGCCGACGGCUCGUGCGGCGACUCCUGCUCCGUGCUGGGUCUCAGCUCCGACUACACGGUGGAGUCCUGCCACGCCUACGGAGCCAACGCCAGCAUCGAGAGACUGGACCAGAGACAGGUGCCCACACCGGAGAUCCGUGCCCACGGUCUCUACUUCGACCUGUCAGCCUACGGGGUGGAAGCCCUGAGGGAGCAGCGUAACCCCAGCAGCAAAGCAGGCUUUCACCUGAAGAUCUACGGCACCUUCAGGAACCGCUACAUGGCCCUGGUGUGCCCCGCCUCCGACGCCAGGAUGGUGCGCUUCCUCAGGAACACGGCCAACUCCUCCGUCAUGAAGAACAUCUUCCAUCAGUCCUUCAACGCCUACAAGACGGACAUUGAGGCGCGCCUGAGCGAGGUGACAGUGAAGCACAUGCAGUGCAGCCGCCGCCUCUUCCAGGUGCAGCUGUCACACCGACGUGUCAGCGCCGCCUUCAUCCAGGGGGACAACGUCGCCGUCACCGUGGAAGGGGAGGCGGCCCGCGUCCUCAACUUUGACACAGGUUGCGGCGUCAAUCUUGGCCUUCGAGGUCUGGAGUCCAUGGCGAGGUUCAUCUACCGCGCAGCCACCGCCGCCGACCAGAGUGACAUAAUGGAGGCGCUCUCGGAGAAGAUGCAGCACUCCAGGAAAGUGGCGGAGACCUUCAAGCAGUCUGGCCUGAGUGAGUCCUUGUACGCCUGACAGUCACACGGGUGGGCACAGUGCCACCUGGGGCUCAUGGAAGGAAAAGGUCAUGACGUGAAAUCACGAAGAAGUGACAUUUAUGAUGAACACAUGAGGAAAUAUGCCAACGUUAAAGACACACACGUCUACUCAAGAGGUCUAAAUAUGUAUAUUUUUCACAUUUUAAGCCUUAAUAUGUAGUUAUGAUUUUCUGAUGUAUUAGUUUGAGUUGCCUUUUCUCUGCUUUUCUUUUGUGUAUAAAAAGGAUUAUAUUCUUUAACAAAAAGAUUCUACGAGUGAUCCUGUCAAAAGUAGCCAAAGAUGUCAUAUUGAUGGAACAAAAUCAUUGUAGUUGUUAUUGGUUUUUAUUAAUUUUAGUUCACUAAAAUAAAUGCGAACGUCUUUAAAGAUCUAAAAUCAAUACACAUGUUAAUUAAUAAAUACAUUUUGAAAGAAUGAAAAAUAUACCAAAAUACAUUCUUCUUAAUUUUAGGAGUUAAUACAAUUAAAAAAUACAUUCAUUUUUGUUUCUCCCCUGUUUUAUUUACUUUGACAUUGCUGCCCUCUAGUGGUACACAGAACUAAC